AUGACCGCCCUCCCUCCUCCAUCGCCAGCCGGGAAUUGCUUUUACAUCCUGACGGAGGGCUGUGCCUAUGGAAGCAGGCACUUCCCGGCCGGCACCCUGUGCUGCUGCAGCGAGCGCAGCUACCUCUGGAAUUUCUGCCGGGAAUCGCCGCCUCCCACGCGCUUCCUGAGGGUCAUCGUGCUGGAUGACGGCUCGGGCGUCACGGUGGACGUGGGAAUCCUGCAGCCCCUGCGGGAAGAAGCCGCCGCCUUCCUGCUGGCCAUCGGCAACCCCAAGGAACGCCUGAGCUUCUUCUUGGAGCGGCUGAGCUUGGAAGCGGCGCUGGGAGCCGCUCCCGGCAGGAAUGUGGUGGUGGAAGUGGACAGGAAGUUCUUCCCGGGGGUGAUCCGUUACGUGGGGAGCAUCUACAAACCCAGCUUGGCCCUGCUGGCCCCCGUGUUUUUCGGGGUGGAGUUGCAGGGAGAGGGGGAAAACCGCGGGAGAAGCGACGGCUCCUACCACGGCACCGAGUUCUUCCAGUGCCGCCGGAACUGCGGGAUCUUCCUGCCCUUCAGCAAAAUCCAGUUCAAUCCCAGGCCGGGCGGGAAUGCCGGGAAUGCCGGGAAUGCCGAGCCCAGCGAGGCCGUGGAAGAGGCGGCUCCGGUGAAGGUGGGAGAUGCCGUCAGUUUUUACGUGGAUGAGAUCCUGACCAAGGGAAUCGCCAUGGCCGUUUUCCGGGAAGGGAGCCGAUGGUUCGUCAAAGUUUGUCCGGAAGAAGAAGGAACGACCGAUAUUUUCAGGGAAAUCCCGAUGGAUUCUGUUGUGAAGGAGACUUUGCCAAGUCCGUUCCCGUCCUUCGACUCCAACCAUUUGGAACCCCCAAAUCCGGCGAAACCAGAGGCCAAGGAGAGCAGCGAGGAGGGGGAAGGUGGGAAUUCCCAGCUGGAAGUGAACUCCAUGGUGCAGAUCACCCUGGACAAGGGGAGCCGAGUGUCGGGAAUCAUCCGCUGGGUGGGAUUCCUGCCCCAGAUUCCGGAGAAAAUGGCUGGAGUCGAGCUGGAUGAAGACAAGGGGGUCACCGGGGGCGAGUGGUUGGGCAGGUCCUACUUCCACUGCGCCCCCAAACGCGGCCUCUUCGUCAGGCUCAACUCCUGCCAGCCCGACAGGCGCUUCCAGAGCUUUCCCAGCGCCCAUCUCCCCCUCCUGGAUCCCGGAGAACGGGAAGCUCUUCCCGAGGCUCCUCCCGAGAGUUUUCCCCCCCUGAGGGACGAGGCGGCCGUGCGUGUCCUGCGGGGGCCCAUGAGGGGCAUCCAAGGCCACUGCAAUUCCUGCUACAUGGAUGCAGCUCUCUUCAGCCUCUUCUCCUGCACAUCCGUGCUGGACUCCAUGCUCUUCAUGCCCUUCCCGCUGCGUGGCAGGAAUGUGCAGGGAAUUCUGCGGGAUGAGAUCGUUAAUCCCCUCCGGAGGAGCGGAUUUGUCCGGGCCAGCAGCGUGAUGCACCUGCGGGAGCAGCUGACGGACAAGGGACAAUGUUCCAGCUUCACCAACGCUGAGAAAGAUCCCGAGGAGUUCCUCAACCUCAUCAUGCAGCAAAUCCUGGGAAUGGAGCCUCUCUUGAAACUCCAGUCAGGGGGCCGGGAGCAGGAUUGUUACUGCUACCAGAUAUUCCUGGAGCAGCAGGAGGAUCUGGUGGUUCCCAACGUGCAGCAGUUGGUGGAACGUUCCUUCCUGGCCUCGGAUCUGAAGCUGGUGGAGAUCCCAUCCUGCUUCAUCAUCCAAAUGCCCCGUUUCGGGAAGGAAUAUAAAAUGUUCAGCAAGAUCCUCCCUUCCCUGGAGCUGGAUAUAACAGACCUGCUGCUGGACAGUCCCAGGGAAUGCUGCCUGUGUGGAGAUGUGGCCACCCUGGAGUGCCUGGAAUGUUUCAAGGAUGGGGUGUUCGCAGCCACGGGGCUCAAGCAGUUCUGCAGCUCCUGCUCCAGACAGGUCCAUUCCCACCCCCGGCGCGGGGGGCACCGCCCGUCUCUCCUGCGGCUCCCGGCGGAAUUCCGGGGCUGGAAGGGCGGGCGGAUCCCUCGGGAGCGGCUGGAGCUGUUCGCGGUGCUGUGCAUCGAGACCAGUCACUACGUGGCCUUCGUGCGCUACGGCCCCGGCCCCCAGCACUGGAUGUUCUUCGACAGCAUGGCCGACCGGCACGGCGGCGAGAGCGGCUUCAACAUUCCCGCGGUGACGCUGUGCCCGGAGGUCGCCAAAUACCUGGAACUGCCCCUGGCUGAGCUGGCCCUGGAGCAGCCUCGGGAGAUGGAUGGAGUGGCCAAGAGGCUCUUCUGUGACGCCUACAUGUACCUGUUCCAGAGCCGGAAAAUGGCCCUCUACAAGUGACACGGAGCGGCCUCGGGAAU